AUGAGUGCUGUGGCUGAGCGAACCUGUUACGUGUCGAAUCUGGACGAGAAAGUGACACAAGAACUUCUCACCGAAUUAUUUAUCCAGGCUGGUCCUCUGGAUCGUGUUAUUCUGCGUGAGAACGGCACGACGGCUUCGCCACAUCGCUAUGCCUUGGCUAUUUUCUUGCACGAAGUGAGUGUCCCGUUUGCCUGUGACGUGAUGGAUCGGAUUGCGCUGUUUGGGAAGGCAAUUUCUGUUCAACCUAAACAAGGCACCUCUCAGGUCAGCUGGUUUGCAUUUCUUCACACUGUAGAGAAUUCAGACCAUUCAUUUUUCUAA